AUGUUUCCGCACUGGAUCUUAACCUGUAAACACCAACAUUCAUCAGUGCUUCUUCCUCUUCCCGAUCUGUGCGACUCUCUUCUCAAACGACGCCGAGAAAAUCAGCGGAAGGAGCUUACGGCGAACGGAGAUCAGCCGGCUGAAAUGGUGAAGGUUUUGACCUACUUUGGGAUGACAUUGGCCGCUUUCGCCUUCUGGCAAUCCAUGGACAAAGUUCACGUCUGGAUCGCUCUUCAUCAAGACGAGAAGCAAGAAAGAUUGGAGAAGGAAGCGGAGGUAAGGCGGGUAAGAGCAGAGCUGCUGCAGAAGGCUAGAGAGGAGGAUCCUCUUGCUUGA